UUAUCCUCGUGUCGCAUUUCAACAAGCAGUUCCUCUGUCAUGCCGGUGCGAGCGCCGGAAGCCACGAGGCCUCUCUGCUUCACGGUCCACGCGACAGAUGGAGCGCUCCCCCAGUCUCCCGGUGUGCCACAAGAACGGUGCGUUUCUCGGUCGAAUACGACGACGAGCCCCUAUUCCUUGCCGCCGAGCCCUGUUGCACUCCGACCUUCCUCACGAACCGUCGACGGCCUUGAUCCAUGGCCAAUUCGAUGCUUUCCCCCGCGCAGAGGUACGCCGCCGCGGCGCUCCUUGCCCUCGCCCUUCGCCAUGCUCAGCUCCAACAAGAGGCCCAGCCUCUCGCUUCCUCCUUUUCCUCUGCUGCGGCGGAUGACGACACCCAUGCCGAGCCCGCCGCCCGGCUUUGGACACACCAGUCCCGCGGCCUUCUCCGUCCUGUCUUACGGUUUCUGGAAAUUGAUUCCAAGGUGUGGGCUGAAUUGGAGGAAACCGCUCUUUCUUCUUCACCAGAACGGCACAUAGAUGGGUUCUUGAGGACAAUCUUUGACUGCAACGGAGCAUCUUCAGAAAAAUCAGAUCAAGAGGUUGCUUUCGCAAAAGCAGUUGAUUCUAUGGCACUAAGCUUGCAAACAGAUGCUGAUCCAGCUGAGGGAUCUAAGACACAGCAACAGGAGCUUAACAAUAGAUGUGAUGACACAGGUGCUUCUGCUGCAAAUCAUAAAAUUUCUGAUGUGACAUCUAGAUUUUCAGAAAUAUUUCAAAUGAGAACGAUGAAAGCUAUGCCCAAAGUAGAAGAGACAUCUCAUCAUUUGAAAUGCCUUGGUGAUGAAAAAUCCAUGUUAGUGGACACUCCAGAGAAUUAUCAACGGAAAUUGACAUUUCUUUUUGAGCUUCUUUCUGCCUGUUUAGCUGAUACACCUCAAGACAAGAAAAGUCCUCCAGAGAGGAAGGGUUAUGAUGCUCGUCACCGUGUUGCUCUAAGGUUGUUGGCAAAAUGGAUUUGUGUUGAGUGGAUAAAAAUGGAAGCUAUGGAGAUAAUAAUUGCUUGCUCUGCUAUUGCAUCAUUGAAAGAGGAAGUACAAUCUGAAGAGGGUGAAUCAGCAGAAAGCAGGUGGUCUAGAUGGAAACGUGGUGGCAUAAUUGGUGCAGCUGCAUUGACUGGAGGAGCCGUGUUAGCAAUAUCUGGAGGCCUGGCGGCUCCAGCAAUUGCUGCAGGAUUUAGUGCUUUAGCUCCUACAUUAGGAACCAUAGUCCCUGUUAUUGGAGCAAGUGGGUUUGCUGCAGCAGCUACUGUUGCUGGAUCAGCCGCUGGCUCAGUUGCUGUUGCUGCAUCAUUUGGAGCUGCAGGCGCUGGUCUUGCAGGGAGCAAAAUGGCUAGGAGAGUUGGAGAUAUUGAAGAGUUCGAUUUUAUUCCAAUUGGAGAAAAUCAUAACCAGGGUUGUUUAGCAGUUGGUAUCUAUGUUUCUGGUUUUGUAUUUGAGGAAGAAGACUUUGUAAGACCCUGGGAUGCAAUAAUAAAUAACUUGGAGAGGUAUGUUCUUAGAUGGGAGUCAAAGAAUUUGAUUGCAUUGAGCAAUGCAAUCCAAGAUUGGAUUACAUCAAAGGUUACAAAGGAGUUAAUGAAGCGAGGUGCGAUGAUGACUGUCUUAAGCACUCUAGUGACUGCAGUUUCUUGGCCAACUACAUUACUUUCGGCCACAAAAUUUAUAGACAGCAAAUGGUCAAUUGCGAUUGAUAGAUCAAAUAAAGCAGGAAAACUUCUUGCUGAAGCAUUGUUGAAGGGAUUGCAGGGCAACAGGCCAGUAACCCUUAUUGGCUUUUCACUGGGAGCACGGGUCAUCUUUAAGUGCUUGGAAGAGUUGUCAAAGUCAGGAAACAACGAGGGUCUCGUAGAAAGAGUUUUUCUCCUUGGUGCACCAAUUUCUGUCAGUGGAGAAAAUUGGGAGGGUGCUAGGAAACGUGAUGAUUUCAUUCAAAGCUGGUCCAUUAGCAGCAUGCCCUAUCGUACUUGCAAUGUUGUGCAGAUCGUUGCUGGGAGAUUCGUGAACGUGUUCUCAACAAAUGACUGGAUCCUCGGAAUAACUUUCCGAGCAAGUAUGCUGACCCAUGGUUUGGCUGGCAUUCAAAAUGUCAAUGUGCCUGGAAUCGAAAAUGUUGAUGUUACUGACAUCAUCAGCGGUCACUCUUCAUAUCUUUGUGCUGCACAAGAAAUUCUGCAGCAGCUUGAGGCUUGAUAUCCUGUUCACUAUCAUCCCCCAAGUAGUAGUCACAAAAAGCUCAGUUCUUGGUGCCUUCUGCAGUUAUAGCUUUAAUGAAAAUCUUACCUGAAAUGCUCGGAGUUCAUCAAUGGUUUAUUUGCGUUGGACCAGCUUUUGCUCAACUUUCCUGCUGAUUCCCAACCGAUUUUGUGAUUCCUUUGAGCUGCACUGUUGGUGCCCACAAGAUGAGAUUGGUAGUCUGAUACUUGGAAUUGUAGUGACUCAAUCAUCUCAGUGAUGUUCAUCACUGCUUACGGUUUUACUCGUUCCCUUGAACAAUCUUCAGGUCAUCAUCAUCUUCUCAUGGAGACUUUUAUUCUGCCACAGCUAAGCCAUCUUCUAUUUCUUUUUUUAUACAGAUCUAUUCUUCCAUGUAGCAAGUACAGCCCUGACUUGAUUGAAAACAAGAAAUACACAUGAUUCAAUUAGUUUCA